AGUCGAGGGUUACUUCCUCACACGCCCAGCCUCCACCUGCCUGCCUGUCACAGCGACAAAGAUCUCAACAACAACAACCACCUCAACAACAACCUCAACAACAUCAGUAGGAGCAACCACUUGAUCCACGCAGCCUCCACCUGCCUGCCUGUCACAGCGACACAGAUCUCAACAACAACAACAACCACCUCAACAACAACAACAGCAGUAGGAGCAACCACUUGGUCCACGCAGCCCGCGUCUGGAUGUCACAGGCAUAGAGGCCGCUAGCGUGCGCUUGGCGUCGAAGUACCAUGGGCUUGUUUUCGGCCUGCUUCAUCGUACUGGACCUCCCCUCGUGGCCCCGACGUCAGCGGCUACAGCUCAAGGAGAAACUCACCGCCCAUGGCGCAGUCAUCUCGCACGCCGUCACAUCCCAGUGCACGCAUCUGGUGGUGUCGGCAGAAGGGGCUGGCUCUCCCUCGCGCUUGAAGCUGGCAGCCAAGCACGGCGCGCGAGUCGUGUGCCCCGAGUUCCUGGAUCGGUGCUUCGCGGCAGGACAGCUCUUAGAGCCGGCGCUCGCCACCGAUCCUGCCGACAACAACAACAUCGUCGUCGUGGGCAAUGAAGAACGAGCGAAUGGUGUCGUAACAAGGGCGCUCCGUAACAGAACAGGAGAUCACAAACGAGGACCGCCAGCAGAGGAAACAUUUGAACUCAACAAAGUCAAGCUUUGGGAUGAUGAUGAUGAGGACAACAACCGGCCCGCUUUCCCAGAGGAGUUUGAGAUGGUGCGAUCGGCAAUUUUCUGCAAGACGAGUGAGAAGGAGCAGGCGAAGGAGGAGUAUUGGGCGGUCGUAGAAAUUCAAGCAGCUCCACACUCCAGCGGCCUCGUCUUCCGCGUUGCUGCCUACCACGCCACGUGCAGGAGCCCCGACAAGGUGACCAGCAGACUGACGAAAGUGCGGAUGGCUGGGAGUGGACGGGGGGCCGAGGUGUUUUUGGGCCACGCCUGCGAGGUCCUCACCGGAGAACGUUGCCGCAUGGUCAAGGUGGAGCAGCUUCCCGCCGGCCUCCAACUCGGCUCUCGCAUGUUCCAACAGGCACAGACGGAGAUCUCCAUGGCGAAUUUUCACCUGUCCAAGGACGUCGGCCGUUUUGUGUCGUUCGUAUGGUCCGAGGCCUUGGGGCAUCUCUCCCAGAUCCUUCAAAUGCCCAUAAUGCUGAUCGAGCCUAAGCAGGUCACCAAAGCAGAAGCUAUCCUGCUGCAGCUGAAGAAGGCAGUGCUGAGCAAAGAUGUACAUGAUGAAGGCGCAUUGGAGAGACUGUCAAACGAGUUCUACAAGAUCAUCCCUCAGCAACCUCAGGCUGUUUGUCCACUUACAGGCAUGGCCAGUAUCUCAGCAAAACUUGACCUUUGCCAGCUGAUCCGCGACGUCGUGGAUGCGAACGAGGCGACAAGGAAGAAAAACACGGACGGAGACGAUAGCUCGAUGGGAGAACAAGAUUUGGCUUUGAAGAAGCUGACGGCGUUGUCGCGCAACGCCACGACGCUGGCGCAGUUCACCGCCCUGCGCUGCUCCCUGCUCCACCUGGAGCCCAACUCCAGCGACUUCAACAGCCUCCGCAAUCAGCUGCUGCAGUCCAGCCACGGGAGACUCGAUGGUUUCAAGAUCCUGAAGAUUUUUCGCGUGGAUCGCCCCGCGGAGAUCGGGCAGUUCCGCUCGGAGGUGGGGAACACGCGCUCCUUGUUCCACGCCUUCACUCCGCGCAGCCUGCUCGGCAUCCUGUCCAGGGGUCUGCUGCUGCCCAAGACAGUGGUGGGGGAGUUCGGAGUGGAGCGCACGGACAUCGGCAUGCUGGGAUGUGGCAUUUACUUCAGUGACUCCAUCAGCACGAGCGUGAAGUACGCGCGCCGCGCCGCAGCUCGAGACGGCAGCCGCGUGCUCGCCGUGUGCGAUGUGGCGCUGGGCCGCUGCCACUUGGUGCGCCACCGCGACCCCUCGCUCGCCGCGCCCCCGCAGGGGCACGACAGCCUGCACGGGGCGCGCGCCACCCCAGGCACCGCCUCCGAGUUCGAGGAUGACGAGUUUGUGAUUUACGAUGCCCGGCAGCAGAAGCUCCGCUACAUCGUUCAGUUUUGCCUCGAAUCUGACGAGGUGAAAGGGGAGGAGAACUCGGACGCUGAAGAGUUUUAUGAAGCCCCAGAAACCCCUGCCGAUGAGAGAAUUCUUCCUGAGCCCAAUGUCCCGGAGUUGCUGCCUGAGCCAGGAGAACCCAAGAAGAGGCUGAGCGGGUUACACUCGGGGGCGGGGUUGCCCGUGCCUCUCAAGGCCGUGCACGUGCGGGCAAACAUCCUCGAUUUUACCGCCCAGGUGGUGGUGAUGCAGGAGUACGACAACGAGAGCACGGAGCCCAUCGAGGCCAAGUUCACCUUCCCACUUGACGAGAUGGCGGCUGUGUGCAGCUUCGAGGCCUUCAUCAAUGGCAAGCACAUCGUGGGCCAGGUGAAGGAAAAAGAGACCGCCCACCGGAGGUACCGCGAGGCAGUGAGCCAGGGCCAUGGGGCCUACCUCAUGGACCAGGAGUCCCCGGACGUGUUUGUGGUGAGCGUGGGGAACCUGCCACCGGCGAGCCGCGUGCUCAUCAAGGUCACCUACGUGUGCGAGCUCGCCGCCGAGGGGGCCGCCGUCCGCUUCCGGCUGCCGGGGAACCUGGCGCCGUGGCAACAACGGCUCGCCACCGGCGACGUCACUCAGGAAACGGUGGAGACGCUGGCGGUGGCAAAGCACUCUGGACGCUUGUCGGUGCAGGUGUCCGUGGAAAUGCCGUACGAAAUCAUCAACGUUACCUCUCCCACGCACGCCAUCCGCAUCAAGCGCACGGCAUGCAAGGCCGUGGUGGAGCUGGCAUCCAGCGACGACUCGCUGGGGUCGGAGUUCCAGCUGCUCGUGUUCCUGGCCCAGAUCCACGAGCCGCGCAUGUGGGUGGAGCAAAACCCCGACACGGACAGCCAGGCCUGCAUCCUGACGUUCUACCCGGAGUUUGCACCGAGCCCCCCGGAAGGUGUGGACAUCGUCCUGUGCCUCGACUGCUCGGCCUCGAUGGCAGCGCAGCCGUUAACCGACGCCAAGAGACUGGCCCUCUUCGCUCUGCGCCACCUCCCGCCCGGAAGCAGAUUCAACGUGCUCAAGUUUGGCACGCAUUACAAGGAGCUCUUCCCUGUUUUCCGUGAAUCCAGCCCAUCCAAUAUCGCAACAGCAGUUAGCUUUAUAAAGCGCUUGCACGCCGACGCGGGCAACACGGAGCUGUGGCGCCCUCUUCGCAGCUUGGCGCUGCUGGCCGGGGGCGUGGGCGGGAGCCGGGACGCGGCGGCGCCGCCGGUGGCCGUGCUGCUGCUCACGGACGGCGUGGCCCAGUCGGAGGCGCGCGUCACGCGGGAGGCGCGUGAGCACGUGCGGCUCUUGCGGGUCCUCGCCUGCGGGGUCGGUGAAACGCCAAACAGAUAUUUCCUGAAUGCUUUGGCACGGAACAGUGGAGGCGCCUGUGAAUUCUUCACCACCAAAAACAGAUCAACGUGGACAGACAAGAUGCUGGCGCUGAUGGAGAAGGCGACGCAGCCGGUGUGCCGUGACGUCACCGUCGAGUGGCAGCGCUUCGACCGCGGCGCCCUCGGCGACGACCGCGUGGAGAUGCAGGCUCCCAGGAUGAUCCGCUCCGUGUUUUGCGGCACGCGGCUCGUCGUGUACGGAAUCGUGCCGCACUGCACGCAGGCAACGCUCCAUGCCAUUAUCAACAACCAAGAAUUCUCUACGAUGGUGUCGACCAGCAAUUUGCAGAUCACGCGUGGAAAGAUGCUGCACAGGCUGACGGCUCACGCCAUCAUCCAAGACUACGAGGACGGGAACCUGCAUCCGGACGAGACGCAGCACGAGGUCAUGAUAGCAGAAAUGAAGAGUCGAAUCGUCGAGUUGAGCAAGGAGUAUUCGAUUAUAACGCCGUACACCAGCUUCGUGGCGGUGGAGGAAAGAGACUCUACACUGGCCGAUGAAGCGACAGGCCCUGCACUGGACGAGCUGCUCUCCAAGGAGUCUGUGGACUUCCUGCCCUACGUGGGCUGGGUGGAGGAGGAGAAGAAGCAGGGUUCAAUGCAGUUCCACCUGGGGGCAGAAAAAACAAAAGCACCGGUCGGUGGAGAAGGAGGCUUGGUCUCCUCGAAAAUAAAAUGUAGGAAGGCACGUCCAUCACGUAGCCAUAUGCUAUCUAAAAAAACUGAACAAACUCCCGAAAUUGAAUUCGGCGGUGCAGCUGAAUGUGUAGAAUUGCCUCCGUUUGAAAUAGAGGCUGCAGCAGACGAGGGCUCUCAAUAUACUUCUGGAAUCCAGACAAAAUUUGCUCAUGCAAGUGUAGAAGCGGUAACGGGUUCCAGUAAAGGUUCAUCAAAUCUCUUCAGACGAGAUGUUAAGGACGAUGGUGUGUCAGCUUCACACAUAACCAUGAUGUCUGCCAGCAAGAGAUUUGGUGAACACCAGCUUUUACAACAAGCCACACAAGUGAGCUUAAAAGAAGCAGCUGAAUGUCAGCAAUUACAACAAGUAUUCGGCAGCUCAGCUUGCGUACCGCGAUCUGUCGUUCGCAAACUGAAUUCCACUGGAAAACGAGUGUCUCUUGCCAGAGCUCAAGCAUCUGCCCCAUUAAACAUCUUAGAUAACCUGCAGCCUCCAGGUGCUUCUCUGGACGUUAUUGCGAUGGAAACGCCGAGCACGUUCACUCCACCAUAUCAAUACACCUUUAAGCAGGGCCAUGCAAGAUUACAAUCGGAGCAUUUCGCUAUGCAUGCCUCUUCCUUGCAACAACAACAACAACAAUGCUUGGCUCGCGUUAGAAAACCUCCAUCUCCAAUAUUCUGUUUUGGGGCCCGUGGCCGACCAGGUGCGGCACCAAUGCCCGACGUCAACGAGCUUGGAGCUGGUUUAAUGAGCAGAGCGCCUGAACCUGCAAAACGAGACAUGUCCGUAAUGCAACUAGCUAACAGGGAUUCAGCACCAGAAUACUACGCACCCGCCAUGUCCAGCUCUUUUGGAAGUAUUCUCUCGUCCCCACGCUCAGCCCAUUCUCUUGCUCCCAUUCACACGCCACUCUCUUCCGAAGAGCGCUCGACUGACAUUCCAGAACCUCCACUCCCCCCGCCUCCACCUCCAGCGCGGCUUGCCUCGCGUUUUGAACGACCAAGGCACUAUGCCUUUCAGUAUUCAUCUUGUCAAGCAUCCAGCCGUCUUCGUGAAGAGCCUCCAUUCGAAGGCUCAUCUAAUUUAUUGGAGAGUUUCAGCAGCGAAGAAGAAUGUCUGCUGCCUUUUGGUUUUGAAUGUUUUCUAAUGGCCGACACAUCACGUGGAGCUCCCCAGUUGGGCGGCAGUGGGCCAUCCGAGUUGUCCGUUAUGACCCCUUGGCAACACGCUGACUUGAGCAAGAUCACGUGUCUUCAAAACAAGGAUGGAUUCUGGGAUGGUGGCGUGGAGCUCUCAUCCCUCGUCGGCUGGAGCCCAGAUCACAUCACCGUCAUUCUGAAGAAGCAGGGCAUUCAGUCCCUAGGCCCACGCAUGGAAGAAGCCGUCGUCCGGCUGGUGUGGACGCUGCUCGUGCUGCAGAUCCUGCGCCUGCGCGCGGGUGUGGCCUCGAGCCUGAAUGAGUUUGUGCUGCAGCUGCUCCGGCGAGACGCGAGCACGUUGGUGCAGCUGGAUAUGUUCGUGCCGGGGAGUGCCGACGCGUUUGCGCGAGCGGCCUCGUGGAUCCGCGCGACGGAGAGCGCGUGCCCGUGCGCGUGCACGCGGCUCGAGCUGGGCCCCAACUGGCAGGCAGCCACCUGCAGUCUGCUUGGAGUGGCCUGAUCCAGUCCGCAUGUGCGUGCAAAUACACACGUGCCCGCACGCACCCGUACGCUCACGCACGCACACACGCGCACACAUACGCUCACGCACGCAUACACUCGCGUUUGUUAAGGGAACUUCCAGAGGAGUAUGUCUGUUAAGGGUUAAGUGGUUUCGACAACAACGCAAGACGUGAUACAGAGGGAUGGGACUCUCUCGUAAAAAGCAUUCCCGAUUAACUGGCGCGUGCCCUUUUUAUGGCUCUCUGGGUCGAUCUCUUUUCUUUUCAACGAACCCUUUAACUUCCCAUCCCAGGUCAUUAACCAGCCUCCAUUUACCGUUUGAACUACAUGGGUAUUUACCCUUCACAUCCCCUGGCCAAUCAAGAAUCGAAGGUCAGGCAUUCUGUCAAUCAUGCGCGCACGCCCGGCAGCCAGCCAAUAUGUAGGUGAGCUGAGCACGAGCUCGGCUCGUAGGAGCGCUGGCAAGUGACGCGUUGGCCGAUCAAGUAAAAGGGCGCUCCCCGUUUACGUUUUAAGAAAUUUUAAGUUUUAAACUGCGAGUCAUUACAAUGCUGUAUGUGGGGCCACUUAAAUAAUAAUAAUAAAGUCUUUUGACGCACCCUGCACUCACCGCCCACAGCAGGCUCCGCUAACAUUGUUGAUAAACCACCUUGUGUAUUUUUACAGUUGGGCUGCGUUGUGGAUAUACCCUUAUAAAAACACACAUUUAGUGUUAAGAAGGAUUACACACAUUGUCUCAAUCAUAUGUAUUUUAAUACUCAUCAAUGAUGAGGAAAAUUUUCAUUGAUUAGUUAAUGGUUGUUUGCAUACAAAUGUUAUUUCGUUAAGGAAACGUGGCACCACAGAUAGGAGACGAACUUGACUUGAAAGCUAUGUCACAAGGUUGGGAGGUUGGCUCAGUGCACCAGAGACUCCCCGACUCCAGAGCACGACAUUAUACUCACAAGCUGUGGCCGCACCAGACACAACUUGAGGCCAAACGUGCGGUGAGCUGGUAAAUUGUAAGGUCUUCAUUGUCUCACAAGAGAGACAACAUAUAUCCAAUAAGAAACACAUCCAUUCUCAUACAAUGGCGCAUUCAUACAAUUAGUAGAGCAGUGGGAUACAUUAGUCACCAUUUGCAUCAACCACCGUGCUGACGCUGCUCUGUCGCCACCCAUCAAGCUGCUGCCUGUUCACGUGACGACUUCACAAUCAACAGCACAGAAUAGGUCUACAUGCCUGCGGUCGCCUCAACGCGAGCGUGAGACUGACUACUGCUACAAACUGAAAGCUGAUUGUCUUUGUUGAGUUGUUUGCCUUCUAAUGAUAUUGAUUAAUAUUAAUCACGAAUUUAGCCAUUGCUUACUUUAUUAGUAUCACCGUAGCAAUCAUUCUUUGGUUCAAGUGUCAGUUGCAUAUGUUAUGACUGGCAGUCUGAUUUAUAAGAUACUUACUUGUUUGCAUGAAAAUAAAUCUGUGUGUGUGGUUGAA